CAUUGGCACUAACAUCACAAGAACAACAGAGUGUUUGAUACUUCUACUAAACCCAAAAUGAGUCUCAUCAAUAUCCUUCCAACAGUCCUUUCCCUUGCCUUGCUAUUCACCACCUCAACCCAUGCUGCCACCUUUGACGUUGUGAACCGAUGUAGCUACACUGUCUGGGCAGCAGCCUCACCCGGUGGUGGCCGCCGUUUAGAUCGAGGCCAAACUUGGACCUUCAAUGUGGCACAAGGAACUAAAAUGGCCCGUAUCUGGGGCAGAACUAAUUGCAAAUUUGAUGCUAAUGGGCAGGGUCGAUGUGAGACAGGUGAUUGCACUGGAGGCCUGGUUUGUAAAGGCUGGGGUACUCCACCAAAUACCCUAGCCGAGUAUGCAUUGAAUCAAUUUAACAACAGGGAUUUUAUUGAUAUCUCCCUUGUUGAUGGGUUCAACAUCCCAAUGGACUUUAGUCCUACCACCGGAGCUUGCCGUGGAAUUCGAUGUGCAGCCGAUAUUAAUGGGCAGUGCCCUGCCCAGUUGAAGGCUCCUGGAGGCUGUAACAACCCUUGUACGGUUUUUAAGACAAAUGAGUAUUGUUGCACUAAUGGACAAGGAAGUUGUGGCCCAACUACUUUCUCCAAGUUCUUCAAGAACAGGUGCCCUGAUGCUUAUAGUUACCCUCAAGAUGAUCCUACCAGUACAUUUACUUGUCCUGGCGGCACUAACUACAGGGUUACAUUUUGUCCAUGAGCACUUGAUUUCAUGGAAAUAGCGAGUAAUUAUAUUGUAUAAUAAGAGCUUCUGCCUCCUCUAAUGAAGCUGAUAUUAAUUUACAUAA